AUGGCGACAAGAUCACCCCCCGCGAAUUAUUUUGUUCCCUCUCAAAGCUCCUCAUGUCCAGCACGGUCGCAGUUGCAGCCCGGCGCAGUCUCAGCACAGCCUCAUCCUCAGUACUGCACAGUUCAAGCCUGGCCAAGUCCAGCACGGUCGCAGUCUCAGCACAGGCUCAUUCUCAGUACUGCACAGUUCAAGCCCUGCCCAAGUCCAGCACGGUCGCAGUUGCAGUCCGGCGCAGUCUUAGCACAGCCUCAUCCUCAGUACUGCACAGUUCAUGCCUGGCCAAGUCCAGCACGGUCGCAGUCUCAGCACAGCCUCAUUCUCAGUACUGCACAGUUCAAGCCGGCCCAAGUCCAGCACGGUCGCAGUUGCAGUCCGGCGCAGUCUCAGCACAGCCUCAUCCUCAGUACUGCACAGUUUAAGCCUGGCCAAAUCCAGCACGGUCGCAGUCUCAGCACAGCCUCAUUCUCAGAACUGCACAGUUCAUGCCUGGCCAAGUCCAGCACGGUCGCAGUUGCAGCUCGGUGCAGUCUCCGCACAGCCUCAUCCUCAGUACUGCACAGUUUAAGCCUAGCCAAGUCCAGCACGGUCGCAGUCUCAGCACAGCCUCAUCCUCAGUACUGCACAGUUCAAGCCGGCCCAAGUCCAGCACGGUCGCAGUUGCAGCUCGGUGCAGUCUCCGCACAGCCUCAUCCUCAGUACUGCACAUCAGCACCAGUGCCUGAUCCUACUGAUGGACAGCGCCCGAGUCCCCGACCAGUGCCCGAUGCUGCUGAUGGACAGCGCCAGAGUCCCCGACCAGUGCCCGAUCCUACUGAUGGACAGCGCCCGAGUCCCCGACCAGUGCCCCAUCCUACUGAUGGACAGCGCCCGAGUCAGCACCAGCGCCUGAUCCUACCGAUGGACAGCGCCAGAGUCCCCGACCAGUGCCCGAUCCUACUGAUGGACAGCGCCAGAGUCCCCGACCAGUGCCCGAUCCUGCUGAUGGACAGCGCCAUAGUCCCCGACCAGUUCCCGAUCCUGCUGAUGGACAGCGCCAGAGUCAGCACCAGCGCCUGA